AAUUAAUUCCAUGUUUAUUGUGGAAUGUUUAUGGAAUCUAAGACUUUGACUAUGUUGGCAAACCUAACAAAUCGUGCUUUUGCUUGUCUACACUUUCAACUUUCAAAGAAAAGGCAAAAGAAGAUUUUCAACGCUUCUUAGACAUUAUGUCAUUCCAGCAGAGGAGGCAAAAAACAGAGAUCUUCAUGACACCCACCACUAGUGAGCAGUCACUCGUCUACAUGCGAAAUCUGACCGUCGGCUUCAUUUCACACAUAUGCUACUUGCGUAAACUAUUCCCAGCAAAAACGUUCGACGUCACGAAAGUGGGUUCCCGAGAGAUCCGCACAUUCAACAGGGAUAAAACUGACAGCCAGCUGAAUGAAAUUAUCCGAUCGUUGAGCAUCGGUAUUGAAAAGUCUGCGAUUGAAACAAUAUCGUUGAAUGUCAACGUUGGUGGUCAGGUCUUGGAGUCCUAUACCAUUUCGAUGAAGGAGGUGCAGGAUAUUGUGGAUAAGGAUGAUCUUCAAAUGUCGGUUGAAAGAUCGUUUCACAACUUGGAGCGAGCCGUGGGGUGGAUGGAUGAGGUGCCAAGUGAUGGUACAAUCUCUUUCAGUGUUACGUCUCAAAAAGACAAAUGGGGACCCUCUUCACAGGACACAUUUCACGAGACCGAAAAACGGAAAAUCGACUUGACGAAAUACAAAAUUGGCAAGGUGAAUACUGGCUUCCACGGCGCCAAUUUGACGAUGCGACGAGCUGAUUGAAUCGUCAACAUAAGAUACAUUUCUACUUCUCCAUUUUUGUGAAAAUUUACCAGUUGAUUUAGUUCCUGAGUGUCUAUUUACCAUUAGUAUGUAACCACAAAAUGGAGAAGUACUUUACGAAUCAAAUGAAUUAACAUACAAUGCGACGAGCUGAUUGAAUCGUCUACAAAAUAUAUAUUUCUACUUCUUCAUUUGUGAAAAUUUACCAGUUGAUUUAGUUAAAUCAAUUUUAGAGUGUCUAUUUACCAUUAGUUUAACUACAACAUUGAGAAGUACUCUACAAAUUAAAUGAAUUAACAUACAAAGCGACGAGCUGAUUGAAUCGUCAACAAAAUAUACAUUUCUACUUCUUCGUUUGUGAAAAUUUACCAGUCGAUUUAGUUUUUGAGUGUCGAUUUACCAUAAGUUUAUAACCACAAAAUGGAGAAGUACUCUACGAAUUAAAUGAAUUAACAUGCAUUAUAUUAAUUAAUCUAAAUACGUUGCUUUGUACCUUGUGGUUAUAGUUAAUACCAUUAGUAUAAAUCAAGUCAUGAUUAUGUUUUAAGUACAUUAUGUGUAAUAUUUGUUAAAUUUAUUGAGAAUUAAUUAAUUCAACUCAUAUUAUGAAAAAGAUUCAGUGAUUCCUACCAUUACUGUAAAAGAAAAAAUGUAAUAAAAAUCAGUAGGAUAUUAUUAAGAUGAGUGUUAACCCUUUGCGCUUUCCAGGCCAGUGACACUGGACAGAGCCGAUUCACUUGUAAGCUCGAAUUUGUUUAGUGUCUGCACCUCCGCGCAGCUCUCCUGUCCAGCUCAGCUGGACAAGGCUGUAUCCAUCUCCCACUCCUAAUAAGAUUCACUCAUGUUGCUUCUACAGCUCGGAUUUAAUUUUGCAAACAAGUCCUCUCAUAGUUGAAAAAACAGUAUUUGAACUUUGAAGUUUCUGGAGGCCUCAUUUUAUUUUGUAAUACUUUGUUCAAUAACAGUCAAGUCGCAAGUUUCUUUUUUUCUUGUUUUUUAAUAAUUUCAAAAUUAAUACAACAUUAUCCUCAGAGUUACCGCCACUGUCUUCAAUAGUAUAUUUUUCAUCACUAACACUGUCCGAUAAUUCAAACUCUGAUGUUUCUUCUUCCAAGGCACUCCUUAUUUCUUGAGGAUUUUAUCGUUGGUCAGCCAUAACCAAAAAUUAAUGUCAAAAAUAAAAAAAAAAACCUAUAAAAACAAACCAUCACUCAAACUCACCCAGCUUAUAGGUUAGCAAUAUCUAUUACUAGUUAGUGAGGAAUGAACGCAUUAAGUACAGUGUGUACUCACAAUGCUUACUUAUAAUAGUUUCAUAUCUCACCGACAGACUGCAGCUCUUUACAGGCAUUUAGAGACGAUAGAGAAUAUAAUACAGAGCAAAAUAUCCAACUACGCAGUUGUCCAGCACUACUGGACAUGAGAGUGCAUCAGAAUUUUAGUUUUGUCCAGCCAUGCUGGACAGGAGAGUUGAGGUGACGAUUGUAAUGCAGUAAAUUACGAGUGGAUUGGGAAAAUGGUGCUGUCCAGUGUGACUGGACAGGAGAGCUGUUGGGCCACAUUCAUGUUAAAAUUAAUGAGCGCAAAGGAAAGAGUUACUUGAAUUUGAGCUACUGCUAUUUGAAAUAAAUACUCAUUUAUAACAUUGAGAAAAUAACGUUAUUCAUAAAUAUUCAUUAAUAAUGUUGAAUUUUACAAACUACUAUUUAAAAUAAAUACGGUACUCAUUAAUAACGUUGAGAAAAUCAUAUUUUAUAAUAUUAGAUACAGAACAAGUAAAUUGCUGUACAUAAGAAAAGCGUUGUUAUUUCAAACUUGUAAAAUUGUAAUUUAUUAUAUUUUGAAUAAAAAAUGUAUAAACUUUAACGAUUGAGUGUUUCUUUUUCGAUUUUCAGCAAUUAACUCAUUUCAUGAGUCAAUUUUUUAUGUACCAUCAAAUUCAAGGGCCCUACUGAUAAUUUGGAGGUACAAGGGAAAAUAGUGAUGCCCACGUUAUAAUGGCAGUGGAGAAAGAUAGGAGAACAACGUUGCCGAACCUCUGUAGAGGUACCCGCCUUCUAUAGACGGUUGCAGAUACAGGAUUAUUAAUGUAAUAUUAACUGUUCAUUUUUUGUUUAAAAUAAUCAAUUAUAUUUUAUUAAGCAGGAAAUUAUAUUUUUCAAUAAUUUCAUAAUAUAAUUCAUAAUUAAGAUGAAAUAUUUUUUUGAUUAAUUAUCAAUUCUACAUUGUUAAAAGCCGAUUUGGCAACAGAGCAAAGUGAGAAAGAGAUAGCGCUAUCCGCUUUGUUGAAUGAUAGACAAGGAUAGAGAUACCAUUGCGAAUCAAACACUGUCAUUAUAACGUGGACCUCACUUUAGGGCGAAAAGCCUCUUUUUGGGGACCUAGUUUUUAUUUCGAAUGAGUGUGGCAGAAGUUUGUUGACCCUGCCUAUCUGGAUACAGGCAGGAACUAGUCCUUGUUAAGCUGCGUACACAUACUCGUGCUU